AUGUCCUUUGCCAUGCUGCGCUCGGCCCCCAGCCGGUACCUGUACCCCGAGAUCAGCAUGCUGUCUGAGGACGAGGAGAAUGGCAGCGAGAGCUCCGGCUCCGACGAGAAGCCCUACCACCUGGAUGCCGAUGGCUACGGCAUCAAGGCCAGCAAGCGCAGGAGCGGCAAGAAACCCAACCGGAUCAACAGGGAGCCCCGGCAGCGUCACACGGCCAACGCGCGGGAGCGUGACCGCACCAACAGUGUCAACACCGCCUUCACCGCCCUCCGCACACUCAUCCCCACCGAGCCGGCCGACAGAAAGCUCUCCAAGAUCGAGACCUUGAGACUGGCCUCCAGCUACAUCUCCCACCUGGGGAACGUGCUGCUGGUGGGGGAGGCGUGCGGGGACGGGCAGCCCUGCCACACCACCCCUGCCUUCUACCACCAUGGCGGCGGCAGCCCCCCCGCGCGCGACACCGAGAACUCCCAGCCCAAACAGAUCUGCACUUUCUGCCUCAGCAACCAGAGGAAGCUGAGUAAAGACCGAGACAGGAAGACAGCAAUUCGGAGCUAG